AUAUGUUGGUGACAAAGAAUGUUUGCUCAUGAAUGCAACAACAAAUGAGUUUUACGGUAUAGGACUUUAUCAGCUACAGGAUGGGCGUGUUUCUGAUAACGGCUAUAUACGCUGUCUAAUGCAAGGCUCUUAUGUGGGGAAUCAGAAUGUCAGUUUCCUCAUCGAUGUCUACGGAAGAUCUAAACCAGACUUGGCCACAAAGUAUCAAAGUGCAGGAAAAGAUAUAUUCAUGAUCCAGACAUAUGCUGUCAUAGAGCGUAUCACUCCGAAUGUAGUGAGCGUUAACGGUGGAGCCAACAUCACCAUCCACGGACGAAACUUCGAUCAGACUGAUGCAAAUGCCAUAGUCCUUGUCGGAGAAGUGGCAUGUUCACCACUGACCUUCCACAAUAGCAGCAUGAUGACCUGUAUCACUCCUGUUAAACCAGCUGGGACAGCAGCAGACAAACAACCAGGUAAGGUCACGAAAUUAACAUCAUUAAAAACAGGAAUAACAUCGAACCGAUUUAAUGGAAUAGCUGAAAUGGAAGGAUUGACAUUUCAAUCUGAGGACGAGGUGUGA